AUGGGCUUCUGUCCACAGUGGAACAGCAUUUUCGAAUGCUUCACCGUUGAUGACCAUCUUUGGUUUUUCUUCAAAUUGAAAGGAGGUGACGGUAAUUGGAAGGAAAAUGCAAAUGAGCUAUGCUCAUCUCUGGACAUGCAACAGCUCCGGAAAAAGAAAGCUUCGAAACUGUCUGGUGGAGAAAAACGGAAACUGUGCUUGGCCAUGGCUUUUAUCGGAGGAUCCAGACUCCUGAUUUUAGAUGAGCCAACAGCGGGAAUGGAUCCGCAUUCUAGGAGAAUCGUUACAGACUUCGUCAUAAAACAAAAGCAAGACCGGUGA